AUGCCUCGCCCUCCGGCACGGCCAGCGAUCCCGGCCUCAUUCGUGGCCAAGAAGGCCGAGAUCCUCGCCCUCCUGGAACGCUCGGAGGAAGCAUACACGGACAAUUCCCCCAAAGGCACAGUCGACGUGCAGAUCCAAGACCUGAUCGCCGAAAUCAAUGCAUACGACGGUCUCGUGACGACGAGCAGCUGCGCAGGCAGAGUUGCGGUGUUUGUUGAAGGACCGAAACCAAUGGUGCAAACCACUGCCGGGGAGAAGUUGUCAGUCCCAAAGACCUCGCCGGGCGGGAAAGGUGGUGGACGGUGGCUCUAUGUCUCGCAUGAUCCUGUCCCUCUUCUCCCGACAGAGGAUGGAGCAACAAGUAUAGGGUCGCAAGAGGGUACAGAGAGGUAUUUUACGGAUUUGUUCAGCCUCUCGUCGUCGUCGUCGUUGCCCAGAUCGCAUCACCAGGAUCCGUCAGCGGCCUACCAGUCGGAGGAGUCUUCAAGUCGAGGGAAGUUGGAGUCUCAGUCUCAGUCUCAGUCUCAAGCAGGCCAACGCGGCGUCCCACCGAGCCCUCGCCUGAUUCAUCUCUCCUUUUCCCCGCUCAUUCUUCAUAUCCUCUGUGCAACACUCCAUCACGCCCGGCCGCUGCUUGCAGCGGCCAUCAAUGCCGGGUUCCGCGAGAGUGGGCUGCAAAGCCUGCGCAUCAUGGACGACACCGAGCACGGGACGAUGGUUGCAGUGCGUACGGCCGGGCUGGCGUUCGAGACUGUUGUCGGGGUCUUGGUUGAAGAUGCCAACGCGGAGGAAGCCAUUCACACCCUCGUGGGUGAGGAGUAUCUCGCCUUGUGCGCCGGUGUUGUCAAUGAACGGUUCGUAUGGAACACGGAGCGACGAGAGCGGUUCAAAAUGGAAGUAAGAAAAGCGAUGGAACGCGAGGGGUUGGCGGGACCGCCAUCAUCGGCUAGCACGGUUGAGACUUCAGAGACAGGGACAGGGUCUGGUACAUCUGCCAUCCAGAACCGUGGGCGUGCGUCAGGCUGGGAAGACAAAGAAGAGCGACGGCGGAGGAAGCGCGAAGAAGGACUUCAGCGACAGAAGGAGAGGGACAAGACGUCAUCAUCGCCGGCUUCGAAUGGAGCCUCGAAUACAGCCUCAGCGCAUGGUGCACAAGACGAGCUGGAAGACGGCCUUGUCGCACUAGGAAUUGAUUGA